GAGAUGAAAGUUUGACCAACGGUUCAAAUACAGGUACAAGUAUGCUGGAUUAUACACUUAACGAAUACGGAUUUGGAGAGAAGUCAUGUACUCUACAUGCAGAUAACUGCAGUGGGCAAAAUAAAAACCAGUAUGUUUUAGCUUAUCUAUGUUGGAGAGUAAUGAUGGGUUUCCAUGACACAAUCUCGCUAAAAAUGCAAAUUCCCGGACACACGAGAUGCCUCGUGGAUAGUGGCUUUGGACACAUUAGGAAAUUAUUUCGUCGAUGUGAUGUCGAUGCAUUCAGUCAGCUAGUUGAGGUAGAGGAGAAGUCGGCAUCAACCAGUGUUGCAAUUCCCUACAAAAAGGAUGGAACAGUUACCUGGGAGUGGCGAGACUGGAAGGAAUUUCUGUCGGGCCAUUUCAAGGCUAUCCGGAAUAUACGAAAGUACCACCACUUCCGAUUUUCAAAUGAAUACCCCUGGUAUGUUUUCGUAAAAGAAAGUGUUGAUUCCAUAGAAGCAAAGAUGUCCAUUCUGAAGCAUGCCAUCGUGGACCUUAAGACUAAACCAAUAUUGAUCACUCCCCCUGGAUUGUCAAGAGAUCGGCAACUGUAUAUGUACAGGAAUGUUCGCCCUUAUUCAGACCUCUACAUCAGGAUGAGGUAUGCCCACCUCCAACUGAGGAAUGACUUUUAA